UCUUUCUAUUCACCUCCCCUGGCCUUCUCCUGCCAUUGGUCGCUCUCCGGCUUUUCCCUCACGACAUUGGCCAUUCACGUUCCGCCCGUGCCCACCCCCACCUGGCGAACGAAAGCAAAGAUCCUGCAGCGGAGCUCGCUAUAGGAUCUUUGAACGAAACCGUCCUUCAGGCGCGUGACGCCGUCCGUUCCAUUUGUGUAGUUGGACAAGCUGAAGCCCGUGGGCAGGAGGGGAAUUGUAGUCAAGUUGUCGUCAAAGAGGCAACUCGCCUGUGAAGGACUGCAGCCCCCGCCCGGGUGGCAAUGCGCUCAAGGUACCGUGAUCCAUUGCAUGGCGGCGUUGUCAAGGUUUCGGCUGUGAAGCCCGUGUAAAGAGCCGGUUCUCUUAAAGCCGGUGAAUUGGGGGGAGAGAUAGCAACUGCCAUCCAUUUGUUAAGAAUGAGUAAAGUCGCUGAAGUGGAGACGCUGUUCUCAUUGGAGCUGUUAAUAGAGUACGUGGAGGUUGGGCCUAGCACCUACUCCGAAUCCGGCACUUUACUGGCGGUGGCCUUCAGGCUGUUGGACUUUCCCACUCUCCUGGUCUAUCAGACCGAACCGGAACGAGCGGAGAGCCUGCGGCGGAGCUGGGAGCGUGGUCAUGAGAGGGACGGCUCCGGACGGCCGCCAGGCAGCACUAAUACCCCUUUCGAUAAAGGCAAGUCCUGCCUGUUCAAGAUGGGGCUGUCGACCCUUCAUCGCCAUUUGACCAACACACCCUUGUACGUAAUGCUGCUCGACGUUUCACAGCGGGUACCCAAGUUAGUGGGAAGUUGUCUGAUCUCGAUGGCAGGUGCAGUAGAGAACAUCAGGGUGGAUGUGGAGGACCGUGGCCUUACCAUGCCUUCCAGGCAAGGAAAGAGAGGGCUGUACUCUCUAUAUAACCUGAUGGGUGUAAAGAUUGGCCACAUAUCUGCAGGAUAUAGACUCAUGAGUUUGGGAGUUGGUUUGCUGCCACAUACUCCAGAAAACCAGGUCCAGAAAGCUAAAAUGCGGGACACGGACAUUUCUCACUUGCCAACUGAACUGCGUGCGGCAGACCAAGGGGUGUGUGGGAAGGUCGCAGAUCAAGGCACUGGGCCCUCUAGAGUGCCACAAGGCACUCUACCUGACUCUAAAAAAUGCCCUGACCUAGUUUCCGAUGACCAGACUGUUCAGCGGAGCGAAAUGCCUGUUAACAUUUUUGUGUUUAAGGAGAAACGCAACCCGAACAAACAGACAAAAGAGACGAGUGUGAAACACGAGAUGAGACAGCACGAUCUAGAAUUGGAACCAACUGCGGAUAUCAAAGCGGACAACGUUUUUUGUCCACCCCCCUUGUACUACAGUCAGUCAAAGAAUGAACCCAAAGAGAAGCUAUCUGAAAUCUGGAAAUCAGGGGAGCCCGAGGAGUCAUUUCUACUCGAUGAGUUCGACUCGGAUGAAAGUGAUGAAUUAUUCGAUACGAGCCAAAAGUUAAGUAAUUCUAGGUUGCCCGAAAGUUGCUUAGAAGCAGCAGCCACGUUAAAGACACAAAUUAAAAAGAACCCAGCUAAUCUUGAUGCAAGUAAUACAAUCGGACAGUUGCCUCUGCUAAAUGCGCUUUUGCUGGAGCUUUCUUUACUACACCAUGACCAAUUACCUGAGCGGAUUCCUCUGUCUGUACACCCUCAACUUGCUUGGCUUUACAGUGGUUUAAAGAAUGAUUUGCCCGAAUUUCAUAAACCGACCAUAUCGGCAUCACCACACCCUAAAUCUGCCAAACCAAAUUUUAAGCAACAGAAGGAAAUUCAAAAACAACAUGCAUCCUCCAGAAUCUUUGAUAAAGAAAAUAACCCGAAGCGAGGGAACGCACAAAAAAAAUCGGAACAUCCCCAAAGAAAGCUUAUGUAUGGAUUAACAAACACAUUGCGGUUAAGGCUCCGACAAACAAAUCCAGAGAUGUUGAGACUACAUGAACAGAAAGAGUUAUCCAGAAGAAGAAGAAUGGAACAUCUGAAAGAGAAGACUGUGCGAAAACGUCAUGAAGCCAAAGGUGAAAGAGAUUCUUCAAAUCUUCAAAAAGAUCAACCUCUUUCUGGUGACAGAUGUAAAGAAAAUAUUGAAACAUUGAUUCGAAGCAGCAUUGAACCUGAUUCAACUCAUUCUUCAAAAGUUCAAAGCAGUGGUAAACUUUCGGGGGAAAAUAACUUUGAAGCAACUUUGGGUCCUGAACGUGCCACAACUGCCGUUCAACCGCCGGGACCAUUAAAUUACUGUAUGGAUGUUGCGGAUUUACAGAUCGCUAAUGACAAUGAUCUGUAUCGAAAAGAUGUAAAAAUCAGAAUGCCUGAAAUAUUCAAUUACGAUUCUGACCCCAGUGUUAAUGAGACUUGUAAUGUAGCAGUGGAUUUUCUGCAGACUUCAAAUAUGAAUCCUGUUUUUACUAGUGAUCCAACACCAGCUGAAGACAUUGAUGCUCCGAUUUCUUAUACUAGCUGUGAUGAACCCAAGUAUUCAGAAGAUUUACCAGUCCUGAACCGGUGGGCAACUCGGAAGAUUGUACCAGUCCUGAACCUGUGGGCAACUCUGAAGAUUUUACCAGUCCUGAUCCUACCAGUAAAUUUGCAGAUACUUUAGGCAGCAGCACAGAAGCUGCAGCCAUUAGGGUGAAAUAUAAAUAUUAUAACAGUGAAUUGGACUCCAGCCUUUCCAAAUAUUCUAGCGACAAUCAGGGGACAGCUCAAAGCGAGACAGAGGAUGAAUCAGUCUCACUACCCAAA